AUGCAGCUACGCGCGUCUCGAGCGAGACGGACCGUGGCGAAUCGUGGAGCUAUCCGAUCCCUCAGAGCAUACAUGCGACCGCCGCAUGCGGGCCCGGUGGUGGCCGGGGAUGGGACGCUGAAGGUAGGCAUCACGGCGCAGCGAUUCGGCGACUGGUGGGAGUCAUUCCGCUACAUUCCGGCGGUGCAAGAGCGCAUUCGGCGGAUCGACAGCGGAGCAACCGUGGAGCUUUUGACUUACAACCACGAAUUUCUCCGCUUCUUCAUGGCGCCGAGUGCAACACGCGAAGCACUGAAGACGUGCAGGCACGUCAUCGCAAUGGACGGGACUUUCCUGAUCCGUGCUCAGAAGGCUACCCUGCUGUAUGCCAACGCGAUGGACGGCAAUCAGCAGAUCAUCCCGAUCGCCUGGGCGCUCGUAGAGAGCGAAACCAAGGACACAUGGACUUGGUUUUGCCGGCUCUUUGAUAAGCACUGCUCCGACUGGAAGGGACGGGACGACGCGGCCAUCAUCAGUGACCGGGACAAAGGUCCCAUCCCGGCGGUAAAGGAAGUGUUCCCUGAGAAGGUGGCGCACUACUUCUGUGGGUGGCACAUGCAGCAGAACGUGAAGCGGUUCGGGAAGACUUCCGCGGACAUGUUAUGGCGGCUUCUGACUGCCCGGACAUUGGAGAAGUACAACGAGCUCAAGGUCGGUGCACAAGAUUCACAUCCACUGCUCACGACUUACCUCUACGGUCUGUCGCCUGUGGCCGCGGGGCCAGGUCCAAACCCCACUCCACCAGCUGGUUUCCGUAUUCGCCGUCGUAACGUUCAGCAAACACACCGCACGCGUGCGACCGCCAACAACAUUGCGGCGGAAGCGGCUGAAGCACGGCGUCGUGCACGCCAGGCCCAGUCGCAGCGAAGCGGCCGCCGACAGAGACAGGGCGGCCCAGGACGCCCAACUCCGAAUGCCGCAGCGGCUGGGCCGUCCGCAGCGCCCCGCCCGUCCACCGCACCGUCACCCGCUGCUGCGACCCGCACAUCCGCGGCACAUGCAACAUCCGGAGGGCGUGGCCCUUCUGCAGCGCCAAGGCCGUCCGCAGAGCCCCACCCGUCCACAGCACCGUCGCCCGCUGCUGCGACCCGCCCAGCCGCGGCACAUGCAUCGUCCGCAACGCCUAGCCCACCUGCUGCGCCAGGGCCGUCCGCAGCGCCCCGCUCGUACACGGCACCUUCGCCCCCUUCUUCGACCCGCCCAGCCGUUGCACAUGCAUCGUCCGCAACGCCAUGCCCACCUGCUGUGCCAGGGCCGCCCGCGGCGUCCGGCCCGUCCACUGCACCGUCGCCCGCAUCCGGGCCACCUGCAUCAUUCGAGUCUGCAUGCCCAUCGGCAGCGUCAGGGCAGUCGGCAGCGCCACCCCCAUCCGCAGCACAGUCUCGCGCUUCUGCGACCCACCCUUCAGCUGCACCAGCAUCAUCCGCAGCGCCAUGCCCACCCGCAGUGCCGAGGCCCACCGCAACCCCCCGCCCGGCCACCAUGGAAGGACCAUCCGCAACGCCAUCACCAUCCACUCCUCCAUCUUGCCGGAACAACCGCACCAUCUUCUUCCCAGCCGGAGCCACCACCACUGCGACGUUCUACACCGGAUGGCGAGGAACAGCUUCGUGCUUCAACUUUGGCAUCAUUGUUAUGAGAGUUACCGUCCCGGGAGUCGCCCCACCAACAGAGGCACCAACCCGAGAUCCACCACCGACCGCGGCACCCGCCCGCCAGCCACCACCGACCGCGGCACCCGCCCGCCAGCCACCACCGACCGCGGCAGCAACACGUGACCCACCUCCUCCCAACGUGGACCCGGGAACGCCGCUUGGGACCACCAACGAGGCGACGCCCAGCGUGGUAGAGGACGAGGCGACCGUCGUGGAAGAGGGCUCCCUGGAGGACGGUGAGGAUGGCGUGCGGGUCCGAACUGGUCUUCGCGGUGAUUGCACUGCACGCAGGAACAGAAUCUGGGUGUACGAGAAGCAGUGGGCUCGAUGUGCGGCCCCAACGAGGAGAUUCGGCAUCUACAUGAGCAACAUGGCGGAGUCGACCAACGGGGCCGUAAAAUCCAUCCACCGCGUGCCACCCGCGUAUCUGUUAGCAUCAAUGUGGGACUACAACGUCAAGAAGUUUCAUGAGCGGCGUGAGGAGGCUAAAGCCCGGGACGACUACUUUACGGAGUGGGGGAGAAAACGGUAUGAGAAGUGCGAGCAGGCAAAGAACUACGAAGUGAAAAUCUCCAACAUCGAGUUCUUCGCGGAGGUGAUCAACAACGGCAACGCGUCGGACCCAACCCCACGCAGCUUUAAUGUCGACCUACGUGGCGAGGGUAGCUGUGAGUGCGGCAAUUGGAAAGAGUACGCUUUUCCCUGCGCACAUGCCAUGGCGUAUUUUCCUAUGGCAAACAAGAACGGGUGGGAGUAUGUCAGCGACUGCUACACCACUGUCAACCUCCGCGUCACCUACUCCCACACCAUCCCCGGGACCUGCAUCAACACCCUGAUGGCACAGACAACACCUGUGCCUCAGGGUGUUUGUGACGCACCUACAUUCACUCGUAGGGGUCCUGCCGUCCCCCUUCCAACAGGUGCAGAGAUGCUCCGCCAGCGAACUAUCGCUGCAGAACCUGCUUGGGGCGUAACCACAACUCAGCGACAUGCACCCAGAAGUAUGGGUCCGACAGGGUUGCGGGUGGUGUGUACCACACGGUAG